UUUUGUUAUGACGAAGGGCAAGUGGCAUUGAUAGUGUCCACAUUACCUACAUCAGAAUGUUGAACAUGAUGGGAAUUCCACGUAAUUUCUCGUUAAGCCUGAUCAUGACAGAUCAGAGCGAACAGCCCAAACAAGAGAAGGCAAAACAAAUGGAGUAUUUCGGAAUUUAUCGGAAAGACUCCCUAUUUGUAAGAAUGGAGAAGAUCUUCAGAAAAAUAUUGACCCCGGUGCCGGAACUGAUAAGUCAAGAUCCUGACCCAAUGCCCCGCCUUCAGUAUCUCCCGGAUUACAUAGCCGACCUCAUCCGCCGCAAAAAGGAUUUGAAAAGGCAAUGGGAUGAAAAUCCCCAUGAUCGCAGUAUUGAAAAGAAUUACCACCAGUUAAGAGAAGAUAUAAGGACGAGGAUUCGGCACCAUGCAGCCAUUCUGAAGUAUUUUGACUUCCUAACAAAAACAUAUCAACGUGGGGAGGAAAAAAAUCAUUUUUCUACUGCGAUCGAUACAGAUCAUGUUCAAAGUUUAGUGAAUUACUUCAGAGAGCAUGAAGACGAUCGUUACCUCUUGUUAAUCAUGUUUGUAACGAACGAGUUUACUAGGGAGCUGGGAACACAGAGGGAACUAGAGGACAAGUCAGAGCCCAUCCACUAUUACUACUUCUGGUACGCAAUAUAUGCUACUUAUGGAGAUUUCGUAUUAACGCCGCCACGUCAUCGGAAGUACUUUAAAUCAAAGUCAAAUAGUCAAUCUAAUUUAGACCUUUACGAGCACUUAUAUGAACAUCAUAAAUAUAACUAAGAUUGAUUCUAGUUGCCCAUUCCAAAAGUAGCUUCCUAUGGAGAGGAACGGGCAAGAAACUCCAUGGUUAAUCUUUUUAAAUCAUAUGAAAACCGAUGGAAAAGAAACGUAAUAAAAAGUGAAAUAAUAACCCAGUUGUACUUUUAACCGUUAACCCUAUUUAAGCAUACAAAUAAACGAGUUUUUAAUUUUAA